UUUAAAUGAAAUAUUACAUUAUUUACAUCAAAUCGUAAUGGAACGGUGCCACUACUGACCUAUUGCCCCGUAGGUAUAAAUUCCAACAAAAAGAUAAACGAUUUCUAAUUCUCUCGUUAGUGUCGGAGACGUGUUCACGGUGUCUUCUGCUUAUUAUGCUACGAGCCUACGACCAGUGUCGUCCGUCCUAGUGUGCAGUCAACACCAGUCAAUAAGUUCUUCUCAAACGGAUUUCGAUUUUUUUUUUCUGAGGUUAUAUAUUAUGAAGUUGAUUUUUAAGUCACUGGGUACAUUACCCUUGCGGCGAUUUUUGUCAACCGUACCCAAACCAUUAAAUCCUGUACAAGAAGCUGCCUUGGAAGAACGCUGUAUUCUUGUUGACCAAAAUGACCAAGAGAGCGGCUUUGCCAGUAAACGAGACUGUCACAGACUAGUUAACGGAAAAAUUCCGUUACACCGUGCAUUUAGUGUCUUUUUGUUCAAUACCAAGGAUGAACUACUAUUACAACAGCGUUCAUCAACCAAGAUCACAUUUCCUGAUCAUUAUACAAAUUCUUGCUGCAGCCAUCCGCUGUACGAGAUUGAACAUGAGCGCAAAGACUUAGAAGGUGCUAAAGCUGCUGCUUGUCGCAGACUUGUGUUUGAAUUAGGAAUUCCUACAAGCCAGUGUCAACCUAAGGACUUGCAAUAUAUAACCAGAAUAAGGUACAUGUCCGAAGGAGACGGGACCUGGGGCGAACAUGAAAUUGAUUACAUAUUUAUUUUACACAAAGAUGUUGCUUUAGACCCCAAUCCAGAUGAAGUGAGUACAGCCCUGUAUAUUCCCAAAGCAAAAAUGAAUAAAUUCUUAAAGAACUUAAGACAUCCAAUUACACCAUGGUUUAAUCUAAUUGCACAAAACGAAUUGACAAACUGGUGGGACAAUUUAAGAUCUCUGGAGAAAGUCAUGAAUCAUAAAAAAAUUAUUAGCUAUUAAACAGUCUUUUACUGCGGGAAAAUGAAUUAAUAUUGGGACUCUAUAAACAUUUGUACUGCUUAUAGUGUGGAAAUUAGAUUAAAAUUGUUAUUAAUUUAAUUAUAUUGUGUGUUAUGACACUAUUGUUUACAAAUUAAAUACAUAAAUUUGCUAUUCUAUUUUUCAACUCAUUAUGAAAUUUCUCCAAUGUAAAUAUAAUAAAUAAAAAAAAUCUAAUUUUUAAUAUUCGGAAAUUUUAUUAAAACAUUUGGUUUGAAAAAAAUACGGGUCAAUGUUCAA